AUGGAAGGUUUCCCAGGCCUGCAACUUCUGUUGAUGCUCCUAGGUCUUUUUGCAUCCUGUCCAUCUUACUUAUUCCCAAGUCCUUCUACUGCAAGUUUGCAAAACACAGGAAAGAGCCCAAAAGAGGUGGUACUAACUCAAGGAACCUCCCUCAGAAUAAAAGCUUUCUGUGCCUAUCAAUAUUUGCAAGGACAGCCCGUUUGGUGCAAAGAAAAACAACAAAAUGAAUUAAGAUGGCAAUAUAUGACUUCUAAAGCAAAACAAAAGAUCAUGCUUGAAGGUGUAAUGAAUGGUUGCAUUUCUUUAAUCAUGAAGAAUCUGCAAAUUGAAGAUUCAGGGAGAUAUUGGUUUGGAAUUCUAAGCGGUAUGAAGAUGGUUUCCAUAAACUCAGUCAAAGUGGUAGUUCAUUAUGUUGAACAUGUUCAUUUCUUGCCUAAUAAAACUGCCCCACCUCCAACAAUGAGGAUGCCAUUUACUUCCACCACAUCAGGAAUGACGAUGCAAGCGGUGAUCAAGAUACAAGGAGAAUCUCUCAGUGUCAAGGCUUUUUGUUCCCUGCAACAUGCGCAAGCAGAGAGAGUUUGGUGCAAAGAGGAACUGCCAGAAGAAUGCAGUCUUGAAAAGCUCACAAGCUUCUCCGGAUCAAGGUGGAAAGGUCUCACUACACAACCAGAUCAACGUGUCAUUGUAAAUGAUUUGGGAGACGGAUGUAUUUAUGUCUUCAUGUCAGCUCUCCAAUCAGAAGAUACAGGGAUAUAUUGGUUUGGGGUUCUUGAUGGCCCCAAUAUAAUCCCUUUAAGAAACAUUAGGGUGAUUGUUCAAAAAGAUCAGCAAAAGGAAGAUAUCGGGGCUGCAUCCAGUGAAGAUGAACAAAGCUGUGAUUAUUGCAGAGUUAACCAAGUUGUCUGGGUUCUGGUUUUCAUUGCUGUUGGUGUAACAAUUUUGUCUGCCUCCACAUUAGUUGUCAUGGUGCUCACCAAGAGAAAGAGGAGAGUGGCAGAUGACCAGAUUUUUGAUGAUAACCCAAACUGUAGAAUAAUAAACUUACAGGUUCAUGAAAGCAACACUGCCCAAAAUUUGCACGAAGGAAUGAACACAAUGUAUUCCACACCGAAGCUGCCCAGAAUAAGCACAGAUGUCAACAGAACAUUUCCAUUAAGAUCAAAUGUCAACAAAACAUUCCCCUGA